GUUCCCAUUGUUCUUGACAAUCUUGAAACGAAGAAGAUUAUUCUGGUUCACGGGGAAGGGUUUGGAGCCUGGUGUUGGUAUAAGAUUUUACCUCUGGUUGAGGACGCUGGACUUCAUCCUGUUGCUCUGGAUCUGACUGGCUCUGGUAUCGACCACACUGAUGUUAACAGUAUUAUGACUUUAGCCGAUUAUACAAAACCUCUUCUUGACUACUUGCAUAACCUACGUGAGGAUGAAAAGGUUAUUUUGGUAGGUCAUAGCUGUGGAGGUGCAAGUGUAUCUUAUGCUCUUGAAUGUUUCCCAAAGAAGAUCACAAAAGCAAUUUUCCUUGGUGCGACAAUGAUUUUGGAUGGGCAAAGACCUUUUGAUGUGUUUGCAGAGGAAUUAGCGUCUGCUGACAUUUUCAUGCAAGAGUCUCAACUUCUGUUGUACGCUAAUGGAAAAGACAAACCUCCAACUGGGCUCAUGCUUGAUAAAGAACAACUCCAGGCACUUUAUUUCAAUCAGAGUCCUUCCAAGGUUUGCUGUGGUGCUUGAUUUGUA